AUGGCCGAAGAUCAGAACGCCACGGACGACUCACAUCGCGUCCCAGAGCUGCCGCUGCUGUCAAAGGUCAGGUACGGCGCUACGGCCUUUGCGAUUCAAAAUUUCUUGGUGAAGCCCGCGCUGUUCGUUCGCGAUGUCAAAGCACAUGUCAUCCCGCCUGAGAAUCGUCCAGAGAUCGUGAAGACGUACGAGUGUAGGCCGUAUUUACCCGUCAGAGUCUUCUUCCCGAAAUGCUUUGACAAAACGUCCAAAGACAAGCUGCCGGUUCUCUUCACAAUCCACGGUGGUGGAUUCGUGCUUGGCACACCAAAUGACAAUGACGACUGGAAUCAGGCGUAUGCUUCGCUGCACCACUCGAUCGUCAUUGGUCUCAACUACGCCAAAGCCCCAGGCAAUCCAUUCCCCAAGCCUGUUCAUGACUGUGAGGAGCUCUUCCUCGCUGCGCUUAAUGACGACUCGCUUCCCUUGGAUCGCACCAGAGUAUCCUUGGCCGGCUGGUCUGCGGGCGGAAACCUGGCUCUAGCGGCUGCGCAAUUGGAGACCGUCAGGAAGCAUCUCACUUGCGUCAUCCCAUUGUACCCGGCGGUUGACCUCUCCACGUCAGGAGAUAAGAAGGUCCAGACGCGGCAGUACAAGCCCGAACUGGGAGGCUUCCGUGCAAAGGAGAAAGACUUCCUGCAAGGGAUUGCACCAGUCUUUGACUGGGCCUACCAGAUCCCGGGCGAAGACAGUCGCGACCCUCUCCUAAGCCCCUGCUUCGCACCCAAGGAGGCUCUGCCUAAGCAAGUCUUCAUCAUCGGCUGCGAGCUUGACAUGCUCGCUCACGAAGGCCAGAGGCUCAUCCACAGGCUUGCCGGCCGCCCACCACCACCAGCAAGGGUCGGAAAACCUGAAGUUGUUGGCGACGGCGAGCUCGUGCUCGACGACGAGAGAUUUCACUUCGAAGUGUCUGGCGCUGACGGGAGCCGUUACCGGUGGCUUCUGGUUCCUGAUACGGUUCACGGUUUCGACCAGCAUCUUGACGGUGUUGUUCGCGACCCGGUUUUGCUGGAAGACGCGAAGAUCAAGACGCAAAAGACCAUGAAGAUUAUCGGAGAAUGGAUUCUUCAAGCUCCUCCCGUUGGCGAAGCUUGA